CCUGCCCUCUUGAGCAGAAGCCAGUCUCCUAGCGACGUGUUGAGUUCUGAGCUUCCCUGUUUUAUCUGAAUAGCCGGAAUUUAUUAUUUUCAUUUCUUUCUUUAUUUUUCCUCCGCUUCAGCUAAACGUGACAGCUUUCCGGAGAGCAGAAAACGUACUUGUUGCUCUGGGCCCCUGUCUCUCUCUCUCUCUCUCUCUCUCUCUCUCUCUCUCUCUCUCUCUCUCUCUCCUUUUCUAAGAGCUCUACAUGGCGCUCCUCAGCCACCACCUGACACUCUCCCUUCGGCGGAACCUGCGCCUUGUGGCUUCAGGGUGCCGAUAUGUCAGUCAGACAGCUACGAAGACCGUGUCUGAGAUUGAAUAUGAUGCUCCAUCCAUGAAGACUCCUGUUCCAGGGCCCAGGUCAAAGGAGCUGACAAGACAGCUGGGAGAAAUUCAGAACGUUGGCGCAAUUAAUUUCUUCUGUAACUACGAGGAAAGCCGGGGAAACUACCUGGUGGAUGCUGAUGGCAACCGAAUGCUGGAUCUGUACACACAGAUCUCCUCUGUUCCUCUGGGUUAUAAUCAUCCCGCUUUGAUGAAAGCGCUUGCCAACCCCAACAAUCUGAGUGCAUUUGUCAACCGGCCAGCCCUUGGAAUUCUGCCACCUGAGAAUUUUCCUGAAAAGCUGACUGAAAGUCUGCUAUCGAUCGCUCCCAUUGGAAUGACCCGUGUGCAAACCAUGGUGUGUGGCUCGUGCUCCAACGAGAAUGCCUUCAAGGCUAUGUUCAUCUGGUACAAAAACAAAGAGAGAGGCACCAAUAAUCCUUCAGCAGAGGAAACGAGCUCCUGUAUGAUAAACCAGAGUCCUGGAUGUCCAGAUCUGAGCAUCCUGUCCUUCAUGGGAGCAUUUCACGGCAGAACUUUCGGUUGCUUGGCGACAACACACUCCAAAGUUAUUCACAAGCUGGACAUCCCAUCGUUGGACUGGCCCAUCGCGCCCUUCCCCAGGCUCAAGUAUCCGCUGGAGGAGUUUGUUCAAGAGAACGCCCGAGAGGAGGCUCGCUGUCUCGAGGAGGUGGAGGACCUGAUCGUGAAGUGGAGGCAGAAGGGCAAACCUGUGGCAGGUAUCGUCAUCGAGCCCAUCCAGGCAGAGGGAGGAGACAACCAUGCAUCACCUGACUUCUUCAUAAAACUGCGCAGCAUCGCUCGCAAGCAUGGAUGCGCCUUCCACGUGGAUGAGGUUCAAACAGGGGGCGGAGCCACCGGAAAGUUCUGGGCUCAUGAGCACUGGGGCACGGACGACCCUGCCGAUAUUAUCUCCUUCAGCAAGAAGAUGCUGACGGGAGGUUAUUACCACACAGACGAGAUGCAGCCUGAUAAGGGUUACAGAAUCUUCAACACAUGGAUGGGAGACCCGUCAAAGAACCUGUUCCUCUCAGAGGUGCUGAACGUCAUCAGAAGAGAGAAUCUUCUGGAAGAAGUGACUCGCUGUGGGAAAGCUUUGCUGCAGGGACUUUAUGAACUGCAGUCUCAGUAUCCUCACCUGCUGAGUCGAGCCCGUGGUCAGGGCACCUUCUGUGCCGUUGAUGCCUGUAAUGACGUCACUCGAGACAACCUUCUGGUCAAAAUCAGGGACAAGGGUGUUCUCCUGGGCGGCUGCGGUGAAAAAUCCAUCCGCGUCCGUCCCGCUCUCAUCUUCAAAGAGUAUCACGCACAUCAGUUCCUCAACAUCUUCAACGACGUGCUCUCCGAGUACAAAUAGAGUUGCAGAGCUCAGAUAAGCCGAGGAGAACGAGCACAAGGGUCCAAACCCUCGAAAUGGGCAGUUCCUCCCCUUCACAGUCUCUCACUCUCACCUUUUUCUUCUAACCAUCUACUUCACUUUUUAAUUAUUUGUUUAAUUUCAGUCAAUAUAUUUCUCACUGUAAAGAGCACAAAGUGAUCAGGAGUAUUACAAUGGAUGAGUAUCAGUACACGUUUAAGUUUUAUUUACAAAAACAUGUGUUUAAGUAGCUUGAGGUGUGGUUCUAGUUAUUGAUGCAUCAGUUGUCAUCGAUUAAGGAGGAAAUCACACAGUUGCCUUCUUGGUAAGUAAGGUUUUUUUUUUUUUAAAGGAGCAGUUUGUAAAUACGCACACAUUUACAAUGCCUUCCACUAAUAUGGGUACCCUUGGUAAAUAUGAGUAAAGAAGGCUGUGAAAAAUUGUCUUUAUUGUGUAACCUUUUGAUAUUUUAUUAAAGAAUAAUUCACAAAAAUACUCUGCUCUCAACAACUGCAAACACAUCACAAGUUUAGCAAAAAAAAUAUCAUUGUUAAAUAUAGGUGUGCAACAAUUAUUGGCACCCCUAUGAAUUCAUAUGAGAAAAAUAUAUUCAAAGUAUAUUCCCACUGAUAUUUAACAUUUUUUAAUACACCUUUGGUGACUAGGAACAGGAAAUUGUUCAACUAUGACUUCCUGUUUCACAGGGGAAUAAAUGUCAGAUAACACAUAGGCCCAAUUCCCAAUACCCAUUCAUACCAAUGGAUAAGACCAAGGAAUAUAUCUGUGAUGUGCAGCAAAAGGUUGUUGAGCUUCACAAAAUGGGAAAUGGCUAGAAAAUAGCACAAGCAUUGAAAAUGCCCAUUUCCACCAUCAGGGUGAUAAUUAAGAAGUUCCAGUCAACUGGGAAUGUUAUAAAUCAACCUGGAAGAGGACGUGUGUCUAUAUUGUCGCAGCGCACUGUGAAGAGGACGGUUCGAGUGACCAAAAAAUCUCCAAGGAUCACAGCUGGAGAAUUGCAGAAGUUAGUUGUGUCUUGGGGUCUGAAAGUCUCCAAAACUACAAUCCGAAGUCACCUACAUCACCAUAAAUUGUUUGGAAGGGUUUCAAGAAAAAAAAAACUCUACUCUCAUCCAAAAAACAAACUCAAGCGUCUUCAGUUUGCAGACACUACUGGAACUUCAAAUGGGAUCGGGUUCUGUGGUCAGAUGAAACCAAAAUUGAGCUUCUUUGGUAAUAAACACCAGAGGUGGUUUUUAUGCAGACAGAGACAUAGCCAUAUGGAAAAGUACCUCAUGCCCACGGUUCAAUAUGGUGGUGGCUCUUUAAUAUUUUGGGGCUGUUUUUCUGCCAGAGGACCUGGACAUUUUGUUAGGAUACAUGGCAUCAUGGACUCAAAUCAAAUAUUUAAUAAUAAUCAAUAGAUAUUAAAUGAAAACCUGACUGCUUCUGCCAGAAAGCUUAAAAUGGGAAGUGGUUGGAUCUUCUAGCAGGACAAUGAUCCAAAACAUAGAUUAAAAUCAAAACAAAAAUGGUUUACUGACCACAACAUCAAGGUCCUGCCAUGGGCAUCCCAGUCCCCUGACUUGAAACCCAUAGAAUACCUGUGUGGUGAACUGAAGAGGAGAGUCCACCAGUGUGGUCCUUGAAAUUUGAAGGAUCUGGAGAGAUUAUGUAUGGAGGAAUCACAGCUCUCAGUCUCAAGAGUCUCAGAUCCCUUGCCAUGUAUUCUCCAACCUCAUCAGGCAUUAUAGGAGAAGACUCAGAGCUGUUAUCUUGGCAAAGGGAGCUAGCACAAAGUAUUGACAAAGGGUGCCAAUAAUUGUUGCACACCUAUAUUUAACAAAGAUAAUUUUUUGAUAAACCUGUUUUCAAGUUCAAGUGGUUUUAUUGUCAUUUCAACCAUAUACAGAUGGUACAUUACACUGUGAAACAAAACAACGUUCCUCCAGGACCAUAGUGCUACACAAAACUGUGAGACGAAAAAAAAUAACUGACGACACAGAACUAAAUAAGAUCUACACAUUCUACACAAAGUGCACAUGCAAACGUGUGCUAACAACACAAGAUAGUACAACAACUACUAAAACAGGACAGUGGGCACAGUAAGUGACAGUGUAUCGCUGAACAAUACACAGUUCUAGUGUGCAUGUGUCCGAUAUAACAGAUAACAGUGCAAAAGAUAGGUGCAAAAGAGUAACAAUAUAAUUUGAAAAUGGUAAAAAUGUGAACGUAACCUGCUAUGACAGAGUAUUCAGCAGAUUAGCUUAUACCAUAUAUGGACAUAGCAGUUAUUGUGGUAGCAGCCAGGUAAAAUGUGUAAUAGUGACAAGAAAUUAAAUACUAUAUUUUUAUAAAUACAGUAACAGCAAAAAUGCAACAGAGUCACUGCAGGAAUGUGCAGAUAUUUCAAUGGAAGUGGGACGGUAUUCAGUUCAGAGAGAGAGAUAGUGUGUGUGUGUUUGUGUGUGUGUGUUGGUGUCAGUCCAGUCUCUGAGUAUUGAGGAGUCCGAUGGCUUGGGGGAAGAAGCUGUUACACAGUCUGGCCGUGAGAGCCCGAAUGCUUCGGUACCUUUUUUCCAGACGGCAGGAGGAUGACGAGUGUGUGAGGGGCAGCGUGUGGUGUAAAGUGUGGUAUAAAUGUCUGACGGAGGGAAGAGAGACCCCAGUGAUCUUCUCAGCUGUCCUCACUAUCCGCUGCAGGGUCUUACGAUCCAAUGAGGUGCAAUUUCUGAACCAGGCAGUGAUGCAGCUGCUCAGGAUGCUCUCAAUAGUUCCUCUGUAGAAUGUUGUGGGGAUGGGAGGUGGGAGAUGGGCUUUCUUCAGCCUUUGCAGAAAGUUGCUUGUUAUUGUUUGAUAUCCAUGAGAGCAGAGUAUUUUUAUGAAUAUUUUUAACAAAAUCUCAGAAUGUUAAACAAUAAAGACAAUUUUUCACAGCCGCCUUUGUUCAUAUUUACCAAGGGUGCCAAUAUUAGUGGAGGGCACUGUGUACAUAUAGAUCCAGUGGGAGCUCAUUUCUGUGCCAGAAAAAUGUAAAUAAAUGAUUAUAUUUAUUAAUUACAUUAUUAUUAGUAGUAGUAGUAGUAUAAGAACACUAAAAUUAUAAACUGCACCUUUAAAUGAUGACUGAAUGCCUCAGUUUCAGAGUCAGACUUAAGCACAUAAAUAAAUUUAGGAAGUAAAAGCACAUAAAUAAAUUUAGGAUUUACAUAGAUGUAAAUCCAGGACAAGGGAGUAGAAAGUAAAAUAUCACGGAAUCCUUCUGGGUAGCCAGAUGCGCCAGAUCUGAUACAUUUUUUCAGACUAAUACUAGCCCUAAUACCUCACACACAGUAUCAUAUCAGUAUUAUAUGUCCAUAUUAUUUUAUUGUAGUCAGCUAGACCACUUCAGGCCUUUCCUGAGUCCAUGCAGGUGCUGUAAGGUGUGUUUCCAUCGUUCUUCUGCAACAUUGCAACAUUUUGAAGAACUAACAAGUUCAAGAGCAACAAAUCAAACGUGGAAGAGGCCAAGAUUGAACUUGCUGUGGUGUUCUGUAUUUUGUUUUGAAUGUUAACGUUAACGAGCGUCUUAAACUAGCUGCACACGCACAAAGCACAAUUUCACACAAAAAGCCUUUUUACAUUUGUGUGACGAGCGACUAGAAGCAUAGCAACACGUAGCGUCGGCCAUUUUGUAAAACGUGCGUUUGUCCAAUCAGUAUCCGACACUCUGUGGUUGGAAAAAGGGUACUGAACUGUACCACUGUUUGUUAUUGGAGCAGUACGCUUCUUAAUUUUUGGUAUUUCUUCCACCAGGUAAAGUGACUAGUGUGCCUUUUAUUAAUUUAAUACAUAAUUAGAUCUUUAGCUCUGCCGUAGAACUUUACAUAAGUUUUAAAGGUACAUUAUAAAUGAAGGAUUUAUAAUAUCCAUACUGAAGGUCAAAAGACAGGCGUACAAACUGUGGUACCUUUUAAUGCCUUUUUCUCCGCUGCUAAGAGUGUACAGCAAGUUCUUCUCCACUAAUAAUUCAGCCUUGUUUGUUUACAUUGGAGACAUUUCUUUAGAAAAAACCUAUUUUUAUAAAGGGACUUAAAAAUAGUUUCGGUAAUGGAAAAAUGGCUUCAGGUUGCGGAAAACACUACAGUGUGCACACUACAUGUUGACUCCAGGAUCACGGUCACACACAACAUUUGUUCUACAAACUCAAACAACUGAUCUCCAUAACAAAACCAAAAAGGAUUUUAAUGUACAAUCUGUGUAUCAGGGUUCAUUUUAAUGACCAGAAAUAUAGCUCACGUUCUCCUGUGUUUCUUCCUCAAUCCAAACUGCUCAGUGUCUUAACUUCAUGCCUGUGUGUUUCAGGGACUUGCUCUUAUUUUCAUUUUUUUUUUAAGAGAAUAAAGAAAGUGCGAUACAGAUAUAGACGGCAGAACACCAUUCAUGCAUAAUUCUCUCCCGUCCAGUCAUCUUUUAUUUUUGAGGAAUUCAGCUCUUCAUCACUCAGUGGAGCGCAUCACUGAGACACUAAUGUCUAAACUUAACUACAUGGUGUUUAGCUUAUUUUUCAGAUAAAUGUUGGUGAUGCUGAACAGUGUCCUGUUUGUCCAUGUAAAGUAUAUAAAGGUAGUUUUGUUUUGUUAAUAUAGUGGACAGAUGGAGUGUACAGAAGUAGAAAAUGCUUAAAACUGCUCAGUUAGAGAGAAAGAAAAUCCCGACACAUGCGACGAUUCUGUGCCCGUCUGUUUUUGACUAAGUAAGUAUUGUAUAGAGUUGUGAAUUAUCUGUGAACCACUAAUGGCAAUAAAAUAAAAUAAAAAUCAUUGCCAUGUUUGUUUACACUACUGUGUGAAAUAGGCUGUAAAAUGUAAUUAUUCCCUAGUUAAAUAUUGUCUAAGCAAUAUAAAUGUACUCAGUAAUAAAUAAUUUUUUUUUA